UUACUGUUUAGCCAGUGUUGGAAGCGUUUGGAUUUCCCGCCAAAAGCGUAACAGACCGUCGUGUCUCGAACCGCCGUUGCCCAGAUCCUUUUCCCAGCCGUGUCGGUCGCCUUCGUGGGAGUGUGUGAAUGUGUUUUACGGUGUGAUUGGAGGCUGUUUUCCCGAUCCCCUUAUACCUAUCCUAAGGAGUGCGCUCGAAAAGAACCCGCUGGUUUUCGGUAUUGGAGAGAACAGUGCUGUUAAUCCCGGAAGUUUGUGUUGUUAUCGUAUCCAUAAGGAGCGGAGAGUGGAAACUGCGAUCUAGUCUGUGAAGGAAACGUGCACAACUGUCAGUCACAAUGAAAGUAUUUGCCAUUUGCUUUUCUCUCCUGCUGUCCCUGGCAGUAGCAACAGCACAACGCUUCGGAAGUCCGCUGUCAUCGUUCGACCUGAGCUCGCUGACCGGUGACUUUGGUGGACCGACAGCCUUCGCCGGGCAGGACUUCAGUUCCAAUCAGCUAACGGCCACCAGCGGGCGCGAUCCCCGACAAAACCGAGGUCCCGUCGUGUUUCCUCCUCCCCCUAACGAUGGUCCAAUGGAAUCCAGUGGCGUGAUUGUUGGCGCUUCCGGCUACGGCUUCGUGCCUCCGAACACCCCGCAAAUGUACUUUUGAGUCACUUAGCUCAACCCCAAUCCAAGGUCAACCGGAACUAAACAAGUCCCGUUGUUUGGUAACGAAUGUUCGUCAAUAACCAAAAGAAUCCCGUAAAGCCCCUGUGUCACACGCUAACCGUUUAAUGCAAUGAUAGGAAACAAAAGCACAGAAAAAGCAAAGUCUGAUAAUUGGCAUUGCCCCUUCCCGUUCUUUUUCACAGAUUAUAACUCGCUUUUCAGAAAUCUAAGAUACUUCUAAGUCCAGUCCAGCCACCUUACAAAGUAAAUCCCAUCGUUCUUUGACUGGAAACGCUCUAGCUAAUAGUUUGGCAUUUUCGGCGAAAUAAAAAUAUCGUAUAAAAACAACAACUCUAUAGGUUAGCGAAGUUAGAAGCGAAGUGAUAACUUGACCCCGGCGCCGCCCGGGUGGAAUUUGAUGCCAUAUCAAAUUUUCUGUUAAAACUGUUGAAAUAUUUCUACUCCCGAGUCCCCACUUGAAUAUUUUUGCGAACUAUUCUGGAACCAAUGUCUA